GAUAAAGAAAAUCAAAAAGUGAAUCAGCAUUUAAUGACUCGCUGUGCAUUGUGGGCUCGCCCUCGCUCCCCACGCACGUGGAUCCGGAGUCAACAUGGUGCUCGUGUUCGAACAUCUACCACUGCGUCGUCAGCUUGACCAGACUGAUGUCACGCCGAUGAGAUAGCCUCCACACCCGGCUACGUGUGCAGGUUGGAUUCACUCUUCCAUCACCUCCCUUCCCCUCCUUAACCUGCUUUCUAAAAUAUGGCCAGCGGAGAUGACGAUGACCCCAUUAUAGAGGAGAUUGAUGUCUAUCUUGCCAAAAGCCUUGCAGAGAAGCUUUAUCUACUCCAGUACCCCGUGCGACCAUCCACCAUGACCUACGACGAUGUCAACCUUUUGGCUGCUAAGAUCAAACCCAAGCAGCAACGGGUGGAGCUGCAGAUGGCCAUGGACACCAAGAGCCCCAACUACUGUCGCAGCAAGGGCGAGCAGAUAGCGCUGAAUGUGGACGGCACCGGCUACGAGGAGAGCAACACCUAUUCAGUGAAAAUGAUGGACAAUCAGACCUUCUCGUCCAUCCAGGCAACCACCAACACUUCCCGAUACGCCGCUGCCAUCUUCAGAAAAGGUGAACUUCAUGUGACGCCGCUGACCGGAAUCCUUCAGAUGAGGCCCAGCUUUGCGUACCUGGACAAGGCCGACAACAAAACCAGGGAGCGAGAGGCGGCCAACGAAGGUGGAGACUCGUCCCAGGACGAAGGCGAGGAGGAAGCCAAGGCCAUUUCGGUGAGGUUUGCUCGGCCCGAGUCGGAGCAGGCGCGCCAGAGGAGGAUCCAGUCGUACGAGUUCCUUCAGAAGAAGCAGGCGGAGGAGCCCUGGAUCCACCUGCAGUACCACGGCAUCAAGGAUGGGCGUUCUGAACACGAGAGACAAUAUUUGUUCUGUCAGCGUGUGGACACCUCCGACAACUCUGAGCUUGUUAAAACGCCCAAGGAGUACCUCACUAUGCUGAUGCCGCCGCUGGCAGAAGAAAAGUUCGUAAAGCCCGUCGGCCCGAGCAACGUGCUCUCCAUGGCCCAACUGCGGACGCUCCCACUUGGAGAACAGAUCAAGACGCUGAUGAAGAACGUCAAGGUGAUCCAGUUCGCCAGCCUUAUGGGCCUGCUGGCCUCAGGCAGCGACUCUGUCACGGUGCUGCGCUGCAUCCAGCAGGUGGCGUUGCUAGUCCAGGGCAACUGGGUGGUGAAGAGUGAUGUUCUGUAUCCCAAAAACACGUGCAGUCCUCACAGCGGUGUUGCGGCUGAUGUGCUGUGUCGGGGGCGGGACUUUGUGAUGUGGCGCUUCACUCUAGAACGUUCCCUGAUGAGAAAGGAAGUGACAGCCAUGAUCAAACUUCCUCCGGAGGAUGUGAAGGACUUCUUGGAGCAGGUGGCGGUGCCGCGAGUCAACCGCGGCUGGGAGUUCCUGCUGCCCGCCGACGUCGAUUUUGUCAAGAAACACGCCGACGUGGCCCAGCGGCAGCAAAUGCUGUGGUUGGGCAUCCAGAGCAAGUUGGAAAAAGUCUUCAACUUCUCUAAGGGUGAUUUCCUGCCAAAGAAUUCUCCGCUGCCUGAGCCGGUCCACAUCAGCGGCGAGCGGCGUCUGAAGUUGGCCCAGGAUCGUGCUCAGGAGAAGCAGGCUUCUCUCCAAAUGGAUCUGGAGGCCAAGCGAGCAGGAAGCGGCGGGGUCCGCAUCAAACAGGAGCCCCUAAGCGACGGCGAGGCCGAACCCAUGGACGUCUCCCCUCCACUGCCGUCUUCGUCGGGCAUCCCCAACGGCUCCCUCAACGGCUACCCCGGGGAAGGGCACACAAACGGCGGUAGCCCCUCUAACGUGCCCUCCUCGGAGCUGCUGGACUUUGUGACAAAGACCUUCCGGAACAAUCCAGUGCUGACGCUGAACGAGCUCAAGAGGCUCUUCAGCCUCCACCUGGCCUCCAUUCCGGCAGGACACAUCCCCUUCGGACCCGUGUCGGACCACAUGUUGCAGGACGCCGCGCUGCUCAGCUGCUGCAAACAGAUCGUGGUGCCUUUCCCUGCUCUGACCACGGCAUCUGCCGACGAGCAAAAGGUGUUCGGCUUGUGGGAGACCGGAGAGGACUUCGACAAGCACCGCCGCCUGCUCUACGAGAUGUUCACCAAAACUUACCGUGUGCGGCGGAGCGCGGUGCAAGCCCGGCUCAGCGAGGAGUUUGGAGACGUCUCCAAGGCUGACCUGGACCGGCUGCUCAAGGAAUGCUGUAGCAGCCAUGCCGGCAUGUGGUAUCUGAAAGGAACCAUCCAGUCCUGACCUAUGCAGCCCGCCCCCGGGGGCACCCUCAGCCAAUCACAGUGUCCCGAGGGAGCGCGGCCGAGGUGAGAGCCGGUCGCGGCCGGUCACGACGACGACGUCUGCCGCUGGGAACGCUGAAAAAGAGGUCUUUGAAGGAGAAACGCUCGAAACACAAAUGCAUCAUUAUUUUUGGAGGGUUUGAUUUCUGAAGGACCUUUUUGAAGCCUAAAUGGCUGCCAUUUUGCGUUCAUCUUUUUAAAAAAUAAUGGAUGACAUAAUCCAAAAGACACAAGUUGCCUCAAUCCUGAAAUCAUGUGAUGGCACAUUUCUUUUCCCAUUAACAAAAAAAAAGAAAAACGAGACGAAAACCAUGAGCUAAUUUCAGACUUCAUUGCGCUCUACUACCAAAUCGUGUUCAGAAUGACAGUAGUGGUCAGAAAGUGUGGACAAACUUUUGACUGCUGCAUUUUGUUUGCUUUUCACUCAAAUGUACAAAAACGGUUGUGGAUGAUCAAUUAAAACAAACAAUG